UCCAAAUGUAAACUACUACUUCUAAAGAUAUGGUCUAUGUUGUUGUUAUGGGGGGGGGCUCAUGGGGAGAAAUGCAAGAGCUACUUGAGGGCAGUGGUUGCUGGGGAGGAAGGAGUGAGCAAGUAGGACAACUCCAAGGAGGCCAGGGGGAAGAAUUCAGGUCCUGAGGGCAUGUGAAAGAUAAGGGCCCUGUGAGGAGGGCCACAGGGGCUGUGCUAGGGCUCUGGAAUGGGGUUUUGAGCCCAUCACAAAGGCCUGGUGCAGCUCCAGAAUCCGUGGCAGUAGUGGGCUGGGUGAGUUCAUGGUGGGAAUUUGCAGAUAUGGAAGAAGAGGAAGGCCUGGCCUGGCCUGCAGACCAAGAGAGAUGCCUGAGUUUUGGUCAGGUGUCCAGCUCGUCCACCCAACAGCCAGCAACUAAGAAGUUCUACCAGCUUGCAAGGGACAUCAAGAUCCUGAAGAAAAUGUGUAAGAUCCUAUGGGAAGACCUGCAGGAACAGAAGAGAUUAGAGGAUGACAACAUGACUUACUUAAAGCUCCCAUUCUUUGGCGAGAAGGAAAGGAUUUUUCUGCAGGAAAUAAAAAACAAGAAACAUUCCAAACUGCACUUCGAUACCAGCCAGUUCAGAGCUUCAAAGGAUCAUUUACCUCUGAGAGUAAUCGAGAUAACUAGGAAGAGACCGGCAUGGAGAACAAAAGAGGAAGUGAAGUUCUUACAAAGCUGCUUGAACGAGAUAGAAAGCUAUCAGUGUUACGGCUUGAGACUGCAAUUUCUUCUGGCUAAAGUGAUUCGCUUUGAAUGGUUUGAACGUGGGAGAGUCAUCCUCAAGAAAGGACACUGCAGCAAGAGUUUCUACUUCAUUUACUAUGGCAGUGUUGCUCUUACAGAUGAUGAGGAUGGUAGCAGUGCCUUGACAGCGCUGUAUCCUGCAGUGCUUCAGAAGGGGGCAAAGUUUGGGGAAGCUUCCUUAUUAAAAGGAACAAGGCGGCUUGCUACAGUUGUCUGUAUGGAGGACACAAAGCUAUUUGUGGUGGAUAAGGACGACUUCUUUGCUAAUAAAUUAGAUGAAGAGCUUCGGGAAGAAUUGUGCUAUCGAUAUAACUUCGUCAAGGAACCUGUGAAAUAUUGCGCCCAGUUGAUCUCACUGCUUGCCCAUCCUAUCACAAAUGGAUCCGUCGACAGCUCACAGGUCUUCCCAAGAUUAGCACUUGCCUCACCAGGAAAACUGACAGGUACUAUUUUGACACCAUACGGAGAGUUACCCGCUGAUCUUGCCUUGGCAGUUUACAUGAGAGUUGCUGAAGUUCAUGAAGGAGAAAUCAUGGGCGUCAGCCAGCAUUUUUUCCCUGACCAUAUGCAAGAUAGGCGGAGCAUGGUUUUAGUCAGUAAGGAUGCGGAGGUGAUGUGGUUGAGGAAGGAAAGCUUUGAAGAGUUAGCAGAUUUAGGAAAAGUUUUUGAAUUACACAGGUGUUAUCCUAGGGAACCUCUGGCUCCAUCAAAGGUGGAAUUUCACAACCAAAUAUUUUGACUGUCUUUUCAGUGACGAUGAGCUGUG